AUGCAGCCCCGCGGCCAGGGCCCGGCCGGCUCGGUCACACGCGGAGCCCGUGACCGGCAGCCCGGAGCCAGGUGGGUGCGGAGCGCGGGGCGCGGGUUCGUGGUGGGCCACGCCGGGUUCCUGCAGUCGCUCCUGAUGCUGGUGGUCGCCUAUCUGAUCAUCUCCUUGACGGUCCUCUCGGUCUGCGCCAUCUCCACCAACGGGGCCGUCCAGGCUGGGGGCGCCUACUUCAUGAUCAGCCGGACUCUGGGGCCCGAGUUCGGGGGGAGCAUCGGCCUCAUGUUCUACCUGGCCAACGUCUGUGCCUGCGGCGUCUACGUCCUGGGCCUGGUGGAAGCCAUCCUGGACGUCUUCGGCGCAGAUGGAUCUGACCCGCCGGGCACCAAGACGCUCCCUCAGGGCUACCUGUACAGCUUCCUCUACAGCUCGCUGGUGCUGCUGCUCUGUCUGCUGGUGUGCCUGGUGGGCGCCCAGAUCUACUCCCGGGCGGCCUUCUUCAUCUUCCUGCUGGUCAACCUGGUCCUGGUCACCAUCUUCGUCAGCUUCUUCACCGUCUCCCCUCGGGAGAUCGUCGUCUCCCACGGUGGCAACCAGACCUUCAACGCCUCCUUCACGGGAUUCAACAUCUCCACCCUCAGGGACAACCUGUAUGCCAUGUACUCACAGGACUACACUACCAAUAACAUGAUGUCUUUCGCCACCGUCUUUGCCGUGAUGUUCAACGGCUGCACCGGCAUCAUGGCUGGCUCCAACAUGUCAGGGGAGCUGAAGAACGCCAGUGCCUCCAUCCCCAAGGGGACGAUUGUGGCCGUGCUGUACACCUUCGUCAUCUACUUUUUCCUGUUUUUUAUGACCAGUUUCAGCUGCGAGAGGGCCCUCCUGAAGGGGGACUACGGCUUCUUCCGGUCCAUCAACGUCUGGCCUCCCUUCGUGCUGAUGGGCAUCUACUCCGCCUCCCUCUCGGCUUCCAUGAGUAACCUGAUUGGCGCUUCCCGCAUCCUCCACGCCCUGGCCAAGGAUGACCUCUUUGGGCCUGUCCUGGCUCCGGCCAAGAUUGUCUCCAGAGGGGGCAACCCCUGGGUGGCCGUCCUCUACACCUGGGGCCUCGCACAGCUGGUGCUCCUGGUCGGGAAACUCAACACCAUUGCUGGCAUCGUGACCGUCUUCUACCUGGUCGCCUACGCCGCCGUGGACCUGGCCUGCCUGGCGCUGGAGUGGGCCUCGGCGCCCAACUUCCGCCCCACCUUCCAGCUGUUCUCCUGGCACACCUGCCUGCUUGGCAUCGCCUCCUGCUUGGUGAUGAUGUUCCUGAUCAGUCCGGCGGGGGCCUCGGGCAGUCUGGGGCUGAUGCUACUCCUGUUGGGCUUCAUCCACCUGCGCUCGGCCGCCUCCUCCUGGGGCUACAUCAGCCAGGCGCUCAUCUUCCACCAGGUCCGGAAGUACCUGUUGCUGCUCGACAUCCGGAAGGACCACGUCAAAUUCUGGCGGCCGCAGAUCCUGCUGAUGGUGGCCAACCCCCGGGGUGGAUCCCAGCUGAUGCGCUUCAUCAACCAUCUAAAGAAAGGCGGCCUCUUCGUCCUGGGCCACGUGGAGAUCGGGGACCUGGACACGAUGCCCUCGGACCCCAUCCAGGCUCACUACAACUUCUGGCUCAGCCUGGUGGACAAGCUGAGCAUCAAGGCCUUCGUGGAUCUGACCUUGUCCCCCUCCGUCCGCCAGGGGACGCAGCACCUCCUCCGCAUCACUGGCCUGGGCGGGAUGAAGCCCAAUACGCUGGUCCUGGGUUUCUAUGACGACUGCGUCCCCGAAGAUUACUUCCUGCAGGACCCGGCUUUCAGCCAAGCCCGGGAGAACGACGAGUUUGGGGUGGACCUGGCAGCCCUGCAAGCCCACUUCCCUUCCGUGCGGGUCACGGCCAACCAGCGGGCUCUGAGGCCCUCCGAGUACGUGGCCAUCAUCUCGGACGCGGUGAAGAUGCACAAGAACGUCUGCCUGGCCCGUUACUUCCACCUCCUGGACAAGGACCUGCUCUCCUCCUCGGCUUCCAAGAAGCGCCUGGAGGGCCGCUACAUCGACGUCUGGCCCCUCAACCUCCUCCGCCCCAACUCGCCCACCUACGUGGACAUCUGCAGCCUCUUCCUGCUCCAGAUGGCCUGCAUCCUCACCAUGGUCAGCUCCUGGAAAGGCGCCCGGCUGCGCAUCUUCCUCUGCGUAGAGUCGGGCGACCUGGGCUGGGUGAGCAAGGAGGAGAAGCUGCGGGAGCUGCUGACCAAGUUGCGGAUUAAGGCCACCAUCAAGAUCGUGACCUGGGACCAGGUGGUCGCCUUCCAGAGCCACCCCCAGCCUGUGGGGACCGGGAGGACAAGCCCUGCUGAGGUUCAAGGCCCUCCCGGCCCUCUCCACCCAGAGAAGCUCUUGGAGGAAACGAUCCUGAACGCAGCCACGUUCCGAGUGACGGACGAGUACUUGGCUUCGGUCAACGAGCUUCUGCUGAAGCAAGCCGGUCAGACGGCCGUGCGCUUCCUCUACCUGCCGCGGCCCCCUGCGGACAUCUCUCAGUACGAGCGCUACCUGGAGCAGCUGGAGAUCCUCACCACCGGCCUGGGGCCCACCCUGCUGAUCCACGGGCUGACCCCCGUCACCUGCACCGAACUGUAAGUGGCUGGCAGCAGGCCUUGCAUC